CUGGAACGUGUUUCAAUAGCCUUGUCGGAAAGAGAAAGGAAUGAAAGCGCUUUAGGCAGUAGUUUGAGCACGGAGACGGAAUCAAAAAAGAAGUUUCAACAAUACUGGAAGGAAAAACAAGCAGAAAACAAGGAACUGGUGGAGAAGGUAGCGUUGUUGGAAAAAAGACAGGCUGAACUGGAGAUGGAGAAGGGGCAAAAAGUUAUGGUUUGAUGAUAGGAAGCCGUUGUCGUACACCGAUCUUUCUGAAUAUAUUAGAAACUGGUCCUCCUCCUCACAGGCAGUAGAACUUCCUCCCGUGUAUUUACAGACUGUCGUCGUCUUGACUUUCAACCUCUAAUCAACAAAGCGAUUGCUCAGUCGAGGUGGAAAAGCGCAAACUAGCCGAUAUCCGCUACGAAGAGGGCCUGCAAGAACUCGAGAAAGCUACGCAGGUUCAAGACGAAAUGCGCGCUCAACUUGCCGAAAAAGAUGCUGAGAAAGCAGACCUAGAAACUCGAAUAGCAGAGUUAGAAAACGAAGCACGCGGCGCUGAAGCCGAACGCGUCGCUCUGGUGGCAGAGAAAGAAGAAAUAGAAGCCCAACGAGAGUCGUUGGAGAAAAAGGC